CCGAACCCCGGCCGGAUGGGGGUGCAGCUCCGCCUCCGGCGCACCGAGGCGUCGUUGCCCACGGGCACGGAAGGGGUUCUCAGACUGGCACGUGUAGCCUCCGCGGCCAUUUUGGAUGAGGGCAGGAAGACAAAGCGACUCGCGGCCUGGGAGCGGCAACGCCCCGCGCACGAUUACCUAAGGGCAAAGUUCGGAGACGCCGCGUCGCCGCCAUCUUUAGGAAGGCAUCUUCCGGUUCUGAUGCUGUGUGACCCGCCCUCAGCUCUCAGUUUUCUUCCUCUCGUGGGCCCUCCAGAGGCGUCUUCCAGCCUCUCGGUCCUCACGCGAGGCCCUCGGGCCGGGCUGGGAGGGGUUCUCGGGUGCCGGGCGCCCCCCAGAACCACAGACUCGGGCCGGAGGUGCGGCGGCCGCCCGGUUCCCAUGGCGCCGCCUCUGGCUCCGAUCCCCACCCGACAGCCGAACGGAGCCGGUCCCGCGGGCAGGAAGUCCGGGGCCGUGAGCUUCGCGGACGUGGCCGUGUACUUCUCCCCCGAGGAGUGGGGGUGUCUGCGCCCCGCGCAGAGGGUCCUGUACCGGGACGUGAUGCGGGAGACCUACGGCCUCCUGCGCGCGCUCGGAAGCAGAGGCACCAAGCCGGCACUCAUCACCUGGGUAGAGGAAGAGGCUGAACUGUGGAGUUUGGAUGCCCAGGAUCCAGAGGUGGCCAGGUGUCAGGCCAGCACCGCUCUAGAUUCCAGAAACAAGGAAGAGAAACGAGGAGGGGAUGUGAUGGAAGCGCUGCAAGAGACACUUUCUACCGACACUGGGCCACCUAGGAUGCAGGGUCUCGAACUCCCUUCUGCUGGGCUCCCUCAGGGCGCCAAAGCAUCUCACCGGGGUCGUCCCCCACUCCGUGCCCACCCCUCUGUCUCCCGAGCAGACCAGCGGCAUGGCUGUUAUGUGUGUGGCAAGAGUUUCGCCUGGCGCUCUACACUAGUGGAGCACCUCUAUACCCACACCGGAGAGAAGCCCUUCCACUGUCCUGACUGCAAAAAAGGCUUUGGCCGGACCUCCUCCCUGAGCAAGCACCGGGCCAUCCACCGAGGGGAUCGGCCCCACCGCUGCCCUGACUGUGGCCGAGCCUUCACACAGAGCUCCUCCCUCACCACGCACCUGCGGAUCCACACUGGUGAGAAGCCCUACUGCUGCGCUGAUUGUGGCCGUGGCUUCAGCCAGAACUCCUCCCUCCACAAGCACCAGCGGGUGCACAGCGGCUUGACCCCCUUCUCUUGUGCUGACUGCGGCCGAGCCUUCGGCCAAGCCUCGGACCUUAGGCGGCACAUGCGCACCCACACUGGGGAAAAGCCCUACCGGUGCCCAGACUGUGGCCGCUGCUUCCGCCAUAGCUCAGAAAUGUUAGCCCACAGGCGGCGGGCCCACACCGGCGAGCGCCCUUAUCCCUGCCCUCAGUGUGGCAGAUGCUUCAUCCAGAAGUCAGCCAUGACUAAGCAUCAGCGGGUCCACCGCCCUGGAGCUGGGACCCGCGGGAGCCGGGCAUCUAGUGGCUUCCCUAGGCUGCUGGCCGGCGACCUGGGAGACCUGGAUCCACCUGUAGGAUUCCAGCAUUACCCAGAUAUAUUCCAGGAAUGUAAGGCAUGGCCUUAAAAGGGGUGGGGGCACCUAGACGUUGCCUGAAGUUCUACAUGGGACAGGGUCAUGAACCUCUAUGGCUGAUCUCUAGGGAGAUUACAGAAUUUCUAUCAAGAGCUGGUGGUGGAGACUGUGGCCCAGGCUCUAGGAGUUCUCACUGCAAGACAGAGGUGACCUAAGAAACCCUGCUGGAACCUCACUUGGGAGGCAGCACAGUUUCUCCAUUCGGAGGUAGGAAGGCAAAUUGUUUGACUUAUUACCUCUUUGCUUGGGAAGUUCAAACUGACCUGCUCUAUCAGAAUUGGGCCUUCAGCUGCCUUUACAUAGGUCCUUCCAGGCAAUAUUGUCAA